AUGUCCGCAGAGGAACCCCAAAUUGCGACCGCCACUGCCGACAAGCCGCUUGGCAUGCGGAAGAAUGGCAAGCAAUGGAUCCCGCCGAAGAAGGCCUUCAGGCCAACAUCAGGUUUGACGUCUUACGAUAAACGCGCCAAGGAGCGCGUCGCAAUGGCGGCGAUGAAGGCCAAGGAGAAGGAGAUGAAGGACGAGAAGGAGGCAGAGCGCCAGAAACGCAUCCAGACCAUCAAGGACAAGAGAGCCGCUAAGGAGGAGAAGGAGCGGUACGAGAAGAUGGCGGAAAAGAUGCACAAGAAGCGGGUAGAGAGACUGAAGAGAAGGGAGAAGCGAAACAAACUCCUCAACUCCUGA